GGCCGGGAGGAGGAGGCGGUGGGAGGAGGAGUGGCGGAGCGGGCCGCAGCGAGUUGGCAGAGCUGAGCGCGGCUGCCCCUGAAGAUGGCGGCGGCGGAGCCAGUCGGUGCUUCGGCUGGUGGGGGCUGCUCGCCGGCGGGCGGCGGUUCAGUGCCCGUCCUCUUCUGCUUCUCCGUCUUCGCGCGGCCCUCCAGUGUGCCUCAUGGCGCCGGCUACGAGCUGCUAAUCCAGAAGUUCCUCAGCCUCUACGGGGACCAAAUAGAUAUGCACCGCAAGUUCGUGGUGCAGCUCUUCGCCGAGGAGUGGAGCCAGUACAUAGACCUGCCCAAGGGCUUCCUGGUCAACGAGCGCUGCAAGGUGCGCCUGGUGCCGCUGCAGAUACAGAUGACAACUUUGGGCAACUUGACACCCUCAAGCACUGUGUUUUUCUGCUGUGAUAUGCAAGAGCGAUUCCGGCCUGCCAUCAAGUACUUUGGUGAUAUCAUCAGCGUGGGCCAGCGACUGCUCCAGGGUGCACGGCUCUUAGGAAUUCCAGUUAUUGUAACUGAACAGUAUCCCAAAGGUCUUGGCAGCACUGUGCAAGAAAUUGAUUUAACAGGAGCUAAACUUGUACUUCCUAAAACAAAAUUUUCAAUGGUAUUACCGGAAGUUGAAGCAGCUUUAGCAGAGAUCCCUGGAGUCCGCAGCGUUGUCCUGUUUGGAGUAGAAACUCAUGUCUGCAUCCAGCAAACAGCACUGGAAUUAGUCGGCAGAGGUCUGGAAGUUCAUAUUGUAGCUGAUGCCACCUCAUCAAGAAGUAUGAUGGACAGAAUGUUUGCUCUUGAGCGUCUUGCUCGCACUGGAAUUAUAGUUACUACUAGUGAAGCUAUAUUGCUGCAGCUGGUAGCUGAUAAAGAACAUCCAAAAUUCAAAGAAAUCCAAAAUCUCAUUAAAGCGAGUGCCCCUGAGUCAGGGCUCCUUUCCAAAGUUUAAAGAGGUUGUGGAGGAAGCAGAUCUCGUUGUCAUCUGUCAGAAGGAAGGAAAGCUGUGAGCCCACAUGUACACCGUCUUCACCCAAAGUUUGGUAAAAGUGUAAAAUUAAACAUUUAUGUACUCGUGUUUGCAGUAGCAAAAUUGUCUGGUUAUAUGUCUGGCUACCGGUAUGUUCUGUUUAGUUACUGCUGUCAGAGGCUUUGGUUACCAUAGGACCCUUUCAUUGUCAAAUUUCUUUCUUUAUUUGAAAAAACAAAAGUUAAUAGAGGUGCCUGCUAGUCUAAACUAUACACUGAUUGUAACAGUUCCAAAAAGUGCAUAUUUCUGUGACACCUCUUGAUUGUGCAUUCUGUAAAAGCAUUCUGUGAUACUCUGUUUCACUUUUGUAUUAAUAGAAGAUAAUUGCAUAGUGGAUAAAUGUGAUGUGAUACAUUUUACUGUUCUCUGUAAGUGAAGUAUUUUAGUAGGGCAAAACUUAAAACCAAGUAAGAAAAAUGGGCUACAUGUAAGCUUUUGUUCUCUAGGAUAAAGUUUAAGUGCUUUGCUUUAUAGACAAGACACAUAGAUCAAGCAGCAGCCGAUGUUUGAUUGCUAUAUGGGAACUGAAGCCUACAUCAUGACUUUCAACUAUUCUGAAAUGUCUGCUCAGCCCUGUACUUCAGGUAACUGUAUACAAACAGAAAACUGUCGUUUAAUGAGUUCUUCAUAAACAACUGGUGUAAAGUCCUUCAGAGGUAGCAGAAGAUUACCAAAGUGUAAAAUAAAUAGCAGUGCUGGGGAUGUUAAAGAAGAAAAAACUUUUCAGCUUUGAGCUGAAUCUACUACUGUAGGGGUUACCCCAUUUUACUUAGAUUGAUUUAUUCAAUUUGGCCAAACAAGCUCUGAGAAAGGCCUUAGCUUCUCUAGGUUGUUGAACUUUUUUUGUGGUCUGCAGUUGUGUGGAGUUUGAACGGAAUCUGGCCUAAAAGCAUUCUUCAGAAAAAUAACAUCUUUAACUUAGUGGCAUGUAUUUUUUACUAUCUAGAGCCAAUAAUUUUAACGUGAUAGAUCAGAAAAGCACUUUCUUCAUGUUGCAGUGAUUUAAGCAAUGUUGUAUAAAGUUUACUUUGUGACCAAGACUACUUUUUUUUUUUUUUUUUUUAAGAGUACUGGAAGAUGUCAUACUGAACAGUGGUGUCUUUGGUAGAAAACCAAUUACAGUACACGUAUUGUUUUAAAUUACUUAUUUUCCCCACAAGAUGGCUCUAAAAGAAUUGUUUCCGAGAGAUAAUCUUUAUAUGUUCAAAACUAAUAAAGUGUUAACAUUUGCUGUC